AUGAUCAUGCUGCUGUACCUGUUCAGUUUCCUGGAUCGGCAAAGCAUCUUCCUAACCCUCCCCAGAUUGUACGGUCUGGAAGAAGACCUCAACCUUCAAGGCAACCAAUUCCAGAUUUGCGUCUCGCUCUUGUUUGUCACGUACAUCACGCUGGAACUACCCUCAAACCUGGUGGUCAAGAAGGUCGGCCCCUCGCGAUGGCUCUCGUUCAUUGCCUUCUCGUGGGGUAUGGUCGCGACCUUCAGCGGUUUCGUGCAGAACUUCGCCGGCAUGGUCGUGUGCCGCCUCCUCUUGGGUGCCUUUGAGGGAGGCCUGUUCCCGGGCUUGGUGUUGUACUUGACCUUAUUCUACACGAAGCGCGAGCUCGCUUUACGGAUCGCGUACUUAUUUACGUGUUCAGCAUUGGCGGGCGCCUGUGGGGGAUUACUCGCGUAUGGAAUUGGAUUCUUGGACAACACGGCGGGCUACCGCGGCUGGCGCUGGAUCAUGUGGCUCGAGGGCGGUCCGACCGUCGUGUUGGCUUUCGUUUUCUGGUUCUUCAUGGCCGACUCGCCAGAAAAGGCAAAGUAUCUGACAGAGGAAGAGCGCGCGCUUUUACUCGCCCGGCUGCAUCGCCAAACGGGCAGCACCAAGUCCGCGCAGCAACUACACUGGGACGACGUCGGCAAGGGCCUCACGGAUUGGAAAAGCUGGGUAUUUAGCUGUGCACAAUUCGGAGUGGACGUUGCACUGUACGGGUUUAGCACGUUCCUACCCACCAUUAUCCGCGGGAUCAUGCCCGACGCCACCAGUGCCAUUGUCCAGGUCCUCACCAUCCCUGUCUACUCGCUUGGCGCCGUGACCUACAUUCUCGUGGCCAUGGCAUCCGAUCGCCAGCAACGUCGCGGCAUCUACUGCGUCAUUUUCGGCACCAUUUCGCUCUGUGGCUACUUCAUGCUCAUCUCCGACGGCGGCAAUGCGGUGCACUACGCUGGAUGCUUCCUGGUCGCCUGUGGUAUGUACUGUGUGGUCGGUCUACCUUUGGCGUGGCUGCCUUCCCACACCCCACGGUAUGGGAAACGCGCGACCGUCAUUGCCAUGCAGGCCAUGAUCGGGAACAGCGCCGGAAUCAUGUCGAGUUUUCUGUAUCCAAGUGGUCAAGCCCCGCGGUAUAUCAAGGGCCAUGCUAUCACCAUUUCGAUGGUGGCUUAUGGGACCUUAUCCUUUGGUUUUAUGUGGCUGUACUACGCCUGGAUGAACAAGAGACGAGCCGAGGGCAAGGAAGAUCACAAGGUUGCGAGCAUGUCCAAUGUCGAGAUCGAAGAGUUAGGAGACGACAGUCCAAGAUUCACCUAUGUUACUUAG